UCCUCGGAGCUCCUUGGCAAAGUGGGCCGAUGCCACCGCGUUUGGGGCCUCCGUAUGUUUUGGUGUCGGAUAAUUCAAAACAAUCGUCCAAACCCGAAUCAGAUUUUUAAUUAAACGCGGUGAUUGGCAUUUGAGGUGAUAAUCGAGUGGCCGAGAUUUGUUUACGGAGCGGCGCGAUGGCCCUCAACAAGAAAGGUGACCACGAUUUUUCCUCCAAGAUGCUGAAAAAUCAGGAGAAAUCCAAGACGCAGGCGAAAACGCACAGAUUUCAGCUCGAGCUCGGUGAAUCCAACGAGAAAACGUGUCCUGAAUUGAAUUACAGGGAACUCGUUGAGUCCGAGGAAAAGAAAGCGACGAAGAAGUUGGCCACUUUGAAAGAUGGCAAAGAAAGUUUCAUGGAUAUUGAUGAUGAAGAACGCAACCAGAUGGAGGCCAUGGCACGGAAGUUUGAGGAAAAAUAUGGCGGAUCUGGAACCAACAAGAAAAAGCGGAAAAAGGAGAAUCACAAUGAGGAAUACAGAGAUCUUGGUGCCGGUUAUGAUGACAAUGAUUCGUUCAUCGACAAUACUGAAGUGUAUGAUGAGAUUGUGCCUUGUGAAAUGACCACUGCACAAGGUGGAUUUUAUAUCAACUGCGGAGCUCUGGAGUUCAAGCAGGUUGAGGUUGAAGAGCCUCCUUCGGACGACGAUGACCAAUUAAAAGUCAAAAAGAAAAAGAACACGUCAGCUGCUAUCUGUUCGGACUCGUCAAGCGACGACGAUGAAGAUGACAGCGAUGAUGACGACGACGAUGAUGAUGACUCGGAUGAAUCCGAUGGCAAAGAGCCUGAAAAGUCUGAAAAGCCAAAGGAAGCUCCGCCAGCGCCACCACCACCGCCAAUAGUUGUGAAUGGCACAGUGAAGGCGGUGGAAACGUCGGUGAUAGCGACCAGCAAGGAAGUCAAGAGCCAGAUUUUGAAAAGACCGCCUCCAGACGCGGCCCCCAACGAUGUGCCUCCCGUUAAAAAACCUUCUGCCUCUCCAGAAAUCAUAGAUUUGGAGGUGAAGGAAAUUAAAAAGCCAGCUAAACCACAAAGCUCAGCCAUUAGUCUAGAGACUGCACUCAAAAAUGUUCCUGAAUUAACUGUAACCAUGAAGCCUCAGCAGAAAGUUGAGGUGAAGCCACAACCAAAAUGCGUCAUAGAACCUGCAAAAUCUCAACACAGAGAAGUGCCAAAGGAGAAAAGCUCCAGCAAAACAGGUGGCUUCUUCCAUCAACUCAGGGCAGCCGUUUCGUCAGCUGCGCUUCAAAAAGACGAUAAAAGACUGAAUAAUCAAAUGUCCCCACUAGAAGCUCCAUGGAACCGAGAAAUCUCGAAUUUGGUUGAGAAGAAUUUAGAUUUAUUGCUCAUCGACGGCCGGUUAAACAAAGAAGUGAUCGACUCAAAAUUCCUGCCGCUGUGGCCUAACAGUUGGAUGUUUAAGGAUAGCUUAUAUCAAAACCUGAACAGCAUUCUCAGGAAACUGAGACCCAGCCCCUCAAAAUUGCCUCCAACAACCACGAUACUCAAUUCAUCGCAAACCACAAUCACCCCUAUCCCGCCUAAGCCUGCCAAAGUUCACGGCACAGAGCAGCCCAACAGCCAGCACUCAAGCGGAAGCAAACCGGAUAAAUAUUCGCCAGGCAGCAGGCACCACGAAUCGCGAGAGCAGAAAAUGGCAUACUCAAGAGCGGAAGCGCAACACCAUGUGGACGACCUUCUCACUCAGGUGAUCAGAGAGCACCUGCCGUCACCAAAGCCCAGCUCGAGCAGAUCUAGUCACAUUCCACUCAAGAACGAAUCCCGGCAGCUAAAACUGGUGCCCGAGGAGGACCUGCGGGGCGUGAAGCACUCUGGCGCGCCGGCCGUGUCGGUUGACUCUGAGGCGUCCGUGCAGAUGGAGAUGAAGCGGGUGAUGCAGGAGCUGGUCGAGCUGAACGAGCGGCGCAAUCUGUUCCCGACACCAGCAGGCGAGUUGGCGGCGGGCGGCUCCAGGGUGCCGACCUCGAGUGCGUCGCGGCUGCAGUUCAACGAGCAGCUGGCCGCCACCUACCACAGUUUCCUGCCGCGCCACUGCGAGGACAAGCAGGCCCAGAUGGAGGAGCUCUUCUCCCGCAUGCAACAGCAGCAACAACAGAUGCCCAAGGGGGCCGGCGGUGCCGACUUCCGCAACCAGCCCCCUGGCGCCUUCCUGCCCAACCAGUUCGGUGGCUUCCAGGACGAGUUCCAUAGGCACCUGACUACGGUCCGAAGCACAACUGACCCUCCGUUCCCUCACAACCUGCCCACAGACUACUCCAAGAGCUGGAAAUUCUGAACCGCCCCCCUGCCAAGCCAUCACGCUGCCAUUGUGAGACGAGCGUGUUUUAAAUGCGAGCAGCUGCAAGUGGCUCCACUUAUCAAGUCUCUCAUCAGUAUUAGUUUCCAUUAUGUACUAAUUUGUCUGUGUAUGAAAAUUGUGUAUAGCGUUGGAUCAAGCUGCAGCGAGUCACGAGUGUCUGAUGAAAAUUUCAUUUCCACACGCGCGGUUAUUAUCCUCUCUGAUUUUGCUAGAGCUCUCACGUUGUUUUCUUUUUUAGUAUUUUUUAAGCAUACAAAAUAAAAUAUUUAUUGAAUAUUUAAGCAUA